AAAAGAAAUCUAAAGCAUUUGCAUUGGUUGGAUAAAUAGUAAUUCACACCCUUUCUCUUUAGCUCCCACUCGAACCUUUUAUCCAUUUUUCUAUUCUCCAUAAAAGCCCACCAUUAACACCCAUAGCUGACCUCCAACUUCCUCUCUUGCUCGGCGAAAAUGGGUCUUCUUUUUUGCAUUGUCUUCGCUGGUUGUUUCUUCUUUGCAGCUCCAUUUGUCGGCUGCUCUAGGAGUUUGCUGCAAUUUCACCCGCCGACGAUGGUUCUCGACGUUGCUGAAGCUCUUGAGAAGACCAGAAAUGUGCUCUCGUUUACCCCUGUAGGUCAAAGCCUCUCUGCUUUACCUUCGCCUACUUCUUUUCUUUCCAUUCAGAUUCAUCCCAGGGCUUCUGUUCUUAAAAGCUCCCACCUUGAUUACAAAUCAUUGACUUUAUCCCUACUCGAGCGUGACUCGGCUCGAGUCACCUCGCUAGCCACUCGGUUGGAUCUGGCUGUCAACGGAAUUUCAAAGUCAAAUCUCAGACCGCUUGAUAAAGGGUCGGAGUUUGGAGCGGAGGACCUAGAAAGUCCUAUUGUGUCCGGUUCGAGUCAAGGAAGCGGCGAGUACUUCUCCCGAGUUGGAAUCGGGAAACCACAGAGUCAAGUUUACAUGGUACUCGACACGGGAAGUGACAUCAACUGGGUACAAUGCGCACCCUGUGCCGACUGCUACCAACAAUCCGACCCGAUAUUCGAGCCAUCUUUAUCGUCUUCCUACUCGCCGCUAAAUUGCGAAGCGCGACAAUGCAAGUACCUUGACGAUUCCGAAUGUCGGAACGACCGCACCUGUGUCUACGAGGUUUCCUACGGCGACGGUUCUUACACCGUGGGUGACUUCGUCACUGAAACCAUCACCCUCGGGUCGGAUUCUGUCAAUAAUGUGGCCAUCGGUUGUGGCCAUAAGAACGAAGGCUUGUUUGUAGGGGCGGGUGGCUUGCUCGGCCUCGGCGGUGGACCGCUUUCCUUUUCGUCCCAGCUCAACGCUAGUACUUUCUCCUAUUGUCUCGUGGAUCGUGACUCUGACUCAAUUUCCACUCUUGAGUUCGACUCGUCUCUCCCUCCUAACGCCAUUACAGCUCCAUUACUCCGUAACCACCAGCUAGACACGUUUUACUAUCUCGGUUUAACCGGUAUCAGUGUGGGCGGCGAGUUGCUUCCGAUUCCCGAGUCAGCUUUCCAAAUAGACGAGUCAGGUAACGGCGGGAUUAUCAUAGACUCAGGGACCGCCGUGACUCGGUUAAGGACGGACACAUACAAUAUUCUCCGUGACGCAUUCGCUAAAGGGACAAAGAACUUACCGUCAGCUGACAGCGUGGCAUUAUUCGACACGUGUUACAAUUUGUCUUCCAAGAGUAGCGUAGAUGUUCCAACGAUGUCGUUUCACUUCCCCGAAGGUAAAGUUCUACCGUUACCGGCUAAGAAUUACAUGAUACCGGUUGAUUCCAUUGGAACCUUCUGUUUCGCGUUUGCGCCAACGUCCUCGACGUUGUCAAUCAUUGGAAACGUGCAGCAGCAGGGGACACGUGUCGGUUUCGAUCUCGCAAACUCCCGCGUAGGAUUCGUGCCCAACAAAUGUUAGAAGAAAUUAGUUUCAUUUAUUGGAAUCAUUUUUUUACUAUUUGUAAUUUAUAGUUUUCACGUUGGUGAAAAAAAAAGUUAAUUUUUUUACCGCA